AUGCCUUACUUAGUGGCAAACAAACCAAAAGAAGUUUCCGCUUUUGGCAGAAAUUCUGUUUACAUGGGUUCAGAAAAAAAGACUAAAGAAAUGGGUUCGGAAUUAAAAACCACGGAAGAUUUCGGAUUGAAGCUUUGUGCUGAAGGUCUUCAAUGCAACAAAGAUAAACUGCACCAGCUUGUUAUAAAGGAAAAACCAGGAAAUCUAAAUUUAAAUUUAGCAACAAAUCUGGCAUCUUUGAAUGCUGAGUUGUCAACCCAGACUCAAGUUAUCAUCUCUAAACUGAAGUCCUUGGAAGAUGCCAUUGGCCUACAAAAUAGUAAUUUCAAUGAAUUUAGGAUGAAGAUGGAUAAUUUUUCAUACUCUUCCAUGAAGAUUCUGGAGGAGAAAGAAAAAGUUGCCAAGACAAGAGUUGAACAGAAUGAGCAGAAAAUAAAAAAAUAUUCAGAUGCGGUUAAAGGAAAAGUUGAUAAGUUGUCAUUAGAUGUCAAACAGAGGAGAAAUAAUGUAAUCCUAUAUAAUUUGCAAGAAAAAGGGGUUAAGACGAAAGAGGUUGUUAAAAAUUUAUUGAAAGAAAUAUCAGAGAUUGAUUUAGAAACAGAGGGAAUUGAAAUUUCUAGACUGGGCAGAAAAAUGGAAGAUGAUCAAAAAUCUAGACCAGUUUUGAUUCAGUUUGCAAACAUAAAUACCAAAAAUUUGCUGCUUGCAAAUUGUUAUAAACUCAAAAAAUCAGCAAUUUUUAACAAAGUAAUCGUCAAUCAUGAUCUUUCCAAGGAAGAAAGAAGUAACAACAGAAAACUUUGA